AUGUCUCUAUACGCUUUCGAUUGUCUCUUUGUCUCCUCCCACCCUUAUCUGCUAACUACCUGUUGCAACAACAGCAGCAGCAGCAGCAGAGGCAGCAGCAGCAGCAGCAUAAGAAACCGCAACAGGAGGGCUAGCAGCAAGAGAAACAGCAGAAGCAACAGUGGCAACAGAAGGAGCAGCAGCAACAGCAACAGCAACAGCAACAGCAACAACAGCAGCAGAAGGAACAGCAGCAGCAGCAGCAGCAACAACAACAACAAUAACAAUAACAAUAACAUUAACAUUAACAACAAUAGGGAGACACUUCAUAUACCUCGAAAGAUGCUGCACACCAUCUCGCCAACUGCUGCUGCUCCUGCUGCUGCUGCUGCAGCUGCAGCAGCAGCAGCAGGAGCAGCAGUAGUCAAACCAGCAGCAAGCGAAGAACAAGCACCAGCAACACACGCAGCGCCACCAGCAGCAGCAGCAGCAGCAGCAACAGCAGCAGCAGCAGCAGCAUUUGAUUGGAGACAGCUUCUUCCUUCUAGACAGAGAGUUAAAGAAGGGCUUCUUUCAUAUCCGCAGACGCACUCUGUUUAUUUGCCCUAUGGAACUUCAGGUUUUCGUGCUGCAGCAGAUUUGCUGCCAGCAGCAGCAUUUCGCUGCGGUUUGUUCGGGGGUUUGCUGUCUCUUCUUUUGCGUCUACGAGAUGUAGAGACAGAGACAGAGACAGAGACAGAGACAGAGACAGAGACGGAGACAGAGACAGACAGCAGCAUAAAUAAAGAAGCAGGGUUUGUCUUAGGCGCUGUUAUUACUGCAAGCCACAACCCAGAGAGAGACAACGGCCUUAAGCUUACAGCACCUUCGGGCUGUCUCCUGUCUCCUUUUCUUGAAGACUUGCUGCAGCAAUUCAUUAAUGCACACUUACAGCAGCAGCAGCAGCAGCAGCAGCAGAAUAAGGGUGUCUCCUCAUGUGGGCAGCAAAGCAGCAGUGAGGAGGUCGCUGAAAAGGAGACAGAUGCAUUCUUUUCUGCUGCGGAGACAAUAUACAAAAACUUGCAUUUAAUAAGAAGAGAAGGGCUGCAUCAGGAGACACAAGAAGUGCAGCAGCAGCAGCAACUGCAGCAGCAGCAGCAGCAGCAGCAGCAGCAGCAACUGCAGCAGCAGCAGCAACAGAAGCGAGAAGGGCUUUGGGGGUGCGUAUUGCUGGCGCGCGACCCCCGCAAGUCUUCUGCUGCUCUUGAAUCUGCAUUUGCUGCUGGUGUCUCUGCUGCUGCUGCUGUCUUCAUUCCUUUAGGAGUUAAGACGACAGGGCAGCUGCAGCUUUUAGUACGGCUGUGCAACGAAGCAAUUGAGAGCAGGGCCCCGCUGCUGCAGCAGCAGCAGCACAGCGAGCUCCUUGCUGCACUCCGCCCCCUCUUCGGGUCUAGAAUGCGGCAGCAGCAGCAGCAGCAAUUGCCGCAGCAGCAGGAGCAGCAGCAGCAGCAACUGCCGCAGCAGCAGCAGCUGCAGCAGCUGCAGCAGCUCGCAAUUGAACUAGGGCAGCAGCUGCCGCGCUUCUACUUUUGUUAUUUUGAACAACACCUCAGAGUCCUCACUGACUUGCUGCGGAAAGACAACCUGCUGCAAGGGUGUGGCUCGGCCCCUGUGUUUCUUGACUGCGCCAACGGGGCGGGUUCAGUUGUUGCUGCUCCGCUGCAGCAGCUGCUGCUGCUGUUUGGAGACAAGCAGCUGCAUGUGCGUAACACGGGCGAAGAGACAGAGGACUGCAGCAGCAGCAGCAACGGCAGCAGCAGCAGCAGCAGCUGCUGCUGCUACAGCCACGCGAUCAACGACAAGUGCGGCUCUGAAUUUGUACAGAAAGAAGGAAGACUGCCUCAAAGAUUCGUAGUAUCUCUAGUAGCAGCAGCAGCAGCAGCAGCAGCAGCAGCAGCAGUCUUCCCUCAGCAGCAGGUGCUGCUGCAUAUUUUCGUCAUUUGGAGUUUGCUGCGUCCCCGCAAGAAGGGAUACUGCAGCAGCAGCAGCAACAACAACAGAAGCAGCAGCAAUCGAAACAACAGCAACAGCAGAAAGAGCAGCAGCAACAACAGCAGCAACAGCAACAGCAACAGCAACAGCAGCAACAGCAGCAGCAGCAAUAGAAGCCAUAACAACAGCAGAAAGAGUACCAACAACAACAGCAACAACAACAACAACAACAACAACAGCAGCAACAACAACAACAGCAGCAGCAGCAACGGCAGCAGCAGCAACAGCAGCAGCAGCAGCAGCAACAGCAGCAGCAGCAACAGCAGCAGCAGCAGCAGCAGCAGCAGCAGGAUUGUGUGUGUAUGCGUUUACACUCAGGCUACGCUGGAGACCCCUCUGAAGGAGGCGUAUGCUGUUCAUUUGAUGGCGAUGCUGACAGAAUAA